AUGGCGAAUAUUGCAGAUAUUGAAGAUAUUCAGGUCGAUACAGAUGUUAGCACUUCAUCUAGCGACUACGACAGCAUACGCAGUGACUUGACGUCUUUGACGGAGUCCAUUUAUUCCUAUGUCUACGAGAAUGGGCGCACCUAUCACGCUUAUCGAUCGGGGUCUUAUAUCCUCCCCAAUGAUGAGCGAGAACAAGGUAUGAUCAACCCCGACUUGCUGAGCUGGUCAGACCGACUGAUACGAACGCCAAAAACAGAUAGAUUGGAUGUUCUGCAUCAUAUUUUCCGCCUUGUCCACGGGGGUGACUUGUGUCAAACGCAGCUCGAACAUCCACAAAGGAUUCUCGACAUUGGCACAGGGACAGGAAUUUGGGCCAUCGAGGCUGGAGACCAAUUCCCAGGAGCAGAGGUUAUUGGUGUGGACCUGUCACCGAUUCAGCCCGGAUGGGUUCCGCCAAACGUUCGUUUCGUUAUCGAAGAUAUAAACCAAUCGGAUUGGAGCUUUGCUGAGGGAUCAUUUGAUUUGAUCCAUAUUCGAUGCCUGGCGGGUUGCCUCGAUGACUGGCCUGCGUUCCUGCGCCGCUGCUACGAUCAUCUCAAACCUGGAGGUCGAAUUGAAGUGGCCGAAUGCUAUCCGCAUCUAGAAUGUGACGAUGACAGUUGGCCAAAAGACAGUGAUCUACGGACCUGGCAGACCGAAUACCACCGAAUAACCGGAGUCCAGGGCAGACUUUGGGAUUUGUCAACGUGUCUGAAAGAACUAGUCUCAGAAGCCGGAUUCGAGAAUGUCGAGUUUUCAGAAUUCCGAGUUCCGGUGGGGAGUUGGGCAAAGGAUCCGAAAUUGAAAGAGAUAGGACGAUAUUUCCGGGCUCAGUUUGUCGAUGGCGCCGUGGAGAGUUAUUCGCUUGCUCUAUUCACACGGUUUGGGAAUUGGACAUCUGCCGAAGUGCAAGUACUGCUGGCUCGGGUGAGAGCAGAGCUUCGACAGAAUAAGAUCCAUCUUUAUUCUCGAAUGUAUGUGACCCUUCCAUAUCAUUGUGCACUGACUGGUUCAGCCAUUAUUGUCAAAUUAAAGCUAACCUUGGAACUGAAAUAG